AGUCAACUGGCAUGCAUGAGCAUUGGGUGGCUGGCAAUGAUAGGUAAGUAGGGGACCAAUUUGAAACACUGCUUAUCAAUGUGAUGACGAUUGUUUACCUAUAAAAGUGGACAACACAAACAACAAGAUGACACCUUCUUAAAGUCUGACAUAUCAGCUUCCUUCUUCAACUACUAACAUGCCACUGAAUGAAUGUUAGGUUUCGUUUUAUGCUCCACAAGGUGAGAUAAAUAUGGUUAUCCUCUCCAAAAUUUGAGCAGCAAGAAAGAUGAUGAAACCUUCAGCAAAAUCAAUUCAGAGAGUUGGUCGUUUCUUGAGGAAGACCUUUGGGAGCAUCAAGUCCACUAUCUGCUCCCGUGAUUACAAAAACUUACCUAACAACACUCCUCUCUUGAGCCCCUUCUCCUACAGUCGCCGCUGUCCAGAAGAUUCCCAAACCAAAGGAACCUACACCGUUAUUUGUUGUGACACAGCUGUGGCAGAUACCACACUCAAGAAGAGUCUCAACGACCAACAUAAAAAGAAACCGAAGAAAGUUGCAGCAGAGCCACUCGAGAAUGCAAAGAAAAGAGGUGACGCGCUGGCGCAAAAGAUGAAAGAUCUCAACAUGGUGGAUCUACGAGACGUGGAGCAUUCAUUGGAUGUUCGGGAAGCGCUUCGAUGCUAUUCAAGCAUCAGAAGUCCCGUCUACCUUGACAUUGUUGACAAUUUCUUCACAGACAUGUACUACGAGUUCUCUGAUCCUCGCACCUCUGCCACUAUCAAUGGUUCAAGAAGAAAAGCAGGCUCCUUCAGGCUCUAAGUCCCUCUCGAUCAGCAGCACUACACACAGCUUUGGUACAUUCACCUGUCACCUUUAGUUUCUACGGUUCUACCUCGUCUUGUAGAGUCAAGAUUAUUAUGCUCCUAUUCUCAAGUAUCAAUGCAACAUAUUUCACCCUAUUUCACCUUCAAGUUAUGACUUAUGACAACUAAUACAGUUUCUAACUUGAUAUAUGACAGCAUACAACUCUGUUUUUGACUGUACUCAUUAUGAUGUUAGGAUAGAUAACAUUAUUCCAUUUCAUGAAAAAUGGAGAAAGCAAACAUAUGUAAUAGAGAAGCGAAGUUAUUCUUCUCAGAAUAUGAUAAAAGUUACAUCAUCACACGAUUAUGAUUAUCUGUUUUUAACUUGAUAAAUUUGCAUAUUAAAAAGUAAAAACACACUUGAUGAAUAAAACGGGAUCAUUUCUUGCCGCUCUUCUUAAGUCCAGAACCUCCAAAGGAUCCCUUCUGCGAUGCCUUGGCUCUAAGCUCCUUAAGCGCCUGUUUUAUCAUUUUCAUUCAAAAUAAAAUGGGUCACGCUUUCGGUAAUAAAUGAUCACUGGAGACACGCUAUAGAGUCUAUUGGGUGGAAAACAAAGUAAUAGCAAACAUCCUAACAUGGUCACCAUUUCAUCAGAGUAAGAAAAAGAAACCUAGUCCAAACCAUCGAAAAAAUCAAUAAUGAAUACCUAAGCCAACAAACAGUUAAUAAAAUGACUCAUCUUGUUGUAGUCACCAGGUAGAAUGUCAUAAUUAGUGUCAGUUUUGGUUGAUAAAUUGACAAAGUGGCACAUACUAAUGCAUAACCUUACAAAAUCCAUGUCAAUAAAGAGGUGCCCAAUAAUGUAAGAAACCUCUUUGAUUAGUAUGUUAUAGCUUUCCAUUUACAGGGGAGAGGAGCCCAAAACAUAGAAGAAGUCUAACUAGAUGCAUUUAUCCAAUCACAAAACAUCCUAUGAAUAAACAAGA